AUGUUUGCAAAAGCAACGAAGAAUUUCGUGAGAGAAACUGACAGUGGAGGUGACUUGAUCCCUGUCUCCCACUUGAACGCCUCAGACAAGCUGCAGCUUUUGAGCUUAGUUACGAAGAGGAGGAAAUUCUGGUGCUGGCAGAAGCCCAAGUAUCAUUUCUUGACAGUCACCCUGAGUGAUGUGCUUACUGAAGACAAACCAAUAAAGCCAGUGAUUGUGGAGUCUGACUUUGCAAAAUAUAUGGGGAAGUUUGAAGAUUUUGUUCAAGGACGUAUUGAAACAUCAUUUUUGAAGGUCAGCCUGGGAACUGGAGGGAAGGGUUACGUGGAAAACCAGUCCUCAUUUGGAAACCUGAGGAAGCAGGAGGUUGACUUGCAGCAGCUUAUGAAAGAUGUCAAGGACAGAGCAAUAGAUCUAAAGAGUAGUUUACUUCAGCAAGUAAUAGAAAGAAAACGUGAAGUACUGUGCAUCUUGAGAGAAAAGAUAAUCACAACUCAGAGGUGUACGAUAUCUGAACAUAUCCAGACAGAAGAAAAAGUCAGUGGUGUGAUGGGAUGCACUGCAAAAACAAUAAAGGUUUCAGUAAGUGAAGAUGGAAGUCUGGUGAAGGAUUCUAGUGUAAUCCUUGAAAUUCCUCCUGCAACCACUAUUGCCUAUGGUGUAAUUGAACUGUUUAUAAAGCACAGUGGCCAGUUUGAGUUCUGCCUGCUAGAUGAACAGCAAGGAGGUUUUGAAAAAGAAAGCACAGAAGGCUCAUCUUAUCCUCAUUCAGUUGAAUUCAGAGAUGCUUCAUUCCUCUAUCAGCCAGAUGCUGUUGAUAAUGAGAUGUACUCUGGGGCUAAAAACCUCGUUCCCAGUGAUGCUUCUAUAAGUAUAUUGAAACAAGAUCUGUCACGGUUGAAGACCCAGUUCCAGCCCUUUGUGAAGCUUCCGGAAGACAAGCAAAGAGCUUUGUAUAAAACCCUUUGUGAGCUCUUGCUCCAUGAAGAAAUGGUGACUGCCCUGGGGGACUUGUUCGAUGCUAUCUGCACAGGAGGCAAGCCAGAUCUGGAGGAGUUAAAACUUGAACAACAAAGAGAUCUCCUUGACUUCUUGCAGCUCCUAGGGUGCAGUUUACAGAGUGAGCUGUUGCAGAAAUAUCAGCCUCAGGAUGAAGAACUUUUCUCAGCUGCUCACCUCCUUAUCAGUGCUAUAUCUGAGCUGCCUGAUGACACUCUUGUCCUGCUGCGUGCCUGCUGUGAUCUCCAGGUUGUUCCAGCCUUGUGCUGUUUGCCAAACAUCACUUCAGCUGAUGGCACUGUGGCACUGAGCAGUCCUUUGGUGGCCACUCUCACUGACAGAGGAAAGUUUGAGAUCGUGCAAAGGCUGUUUGCUUCAUCAAACAUUAAUCUGGAAAUGGCAGAGUCUUCUGUAAAAGCUGUAACUAUGAAAGAACCGAGAUUCUUCCCACUUGUUCUUUAUGUUGCCCUGUAUGGAUUUCAUGCAUUAGGUGGGAUUGUAUAGGAGCUGUACUGAGUAUCCAG